AUGCGUUUCACUGGAUUCCUCUUCAGUGCAAUCGCUAUUGCUCCAGCAGCAUUUUCAGCUCCGACGACGUUAAUCGUCAGACAAUCAACGAACACCUCAUCUGUCACUGCUCUGGACUCUUCGUCAUUUGAUGCCUCCAAGGUCUCGAUGCCAGCGACCACAAUAACUUCUCAAGCGCAAUCAUCACGAACGGAAACCGUUUCUGCUUCCAUCACUCAAGCUUCCUCCACCGUCUCCCAUCCACCUACCAACUCUACAGGACUACAUUUCACGAAUACUUUUCCAGAUGAGUUGAAAAAUGGUGAUAAGGUAGAAUUAAAGUGGGAUGGAGCGGAUGGACCUUAUAUUCUGUAUACGAUCGUCUCGUACCCUGGUUUAUCAAGCAUAAGACCGAAUGUUAUUGAAAGAAAUACGGAUGUGGAAUCCUAUUCCCUGAUCAUUAACGAAGAUGAUUCUCAUGAUAAAUCAACCUUAACCAUUGGAAUUGCUUCUAACAAAGACAGUGGAAAGUACAAAAGGAUCACAUUACCUCUUGUAAAAUGA